AUGCUUUAUCCAGAAUAUCCAUCUUAUUCAAACAUUGAAAAACGUAUUAAAUCAUUUACAUUUGAUUGGGUUUAUCUAAGUGGUAGUCGUCUUUCAAAUCAAAUAAUGGCUCAAGCUGGAUUUUUCUAUAUGGGUGGAAGUGAUGUUUGUUGUUAUUAUUGUGGUAAUAAAUUACAAAAUUUUAAACCACGUGAUUGUCCAUUUGAAGAACAUGCAACAUUUUUUCCUCUUAGUGAUUUUAUCCAAAAAGUACGCGGUCGUGAUUAUGUCAAUCGAAUUAUGUUAGAAUGUGAACGAAGUAUAUUGAAUAUAUAUAUGAGCGUGGCCAGUCGACAUGGUACCCCAACACUUAUUUGUUUGUUCAGCUUUAACUACUGCCCAUUCCAAAAAAGAAGGCGGGUGGGUAUUUUUUGAAUA